AACAUUGGUGUUCUUCCAAACUCGAAAGCCUUCCAUUUCAUGGCAAUGGCCCUCUCAUCUACCAUUGCUCGCCAUGAAAACCCAUCUCUCGCCUGCCACUUCAAUCACGGCCUCGCCGAUGACGAUCUGUCCAGGUUACAUUGCUUCCCCCGACUCGGUCGUCUGCGACUUCCGGCGAAAAUACGGGCCGUCCACAUGGAGAAUCCAUCGACCGUGCAGCCAUCUCCGGCCCGAGAUUUGGUCCUCCCCAAGGAAAGAAGCGACCUUCUAUUGCCAUUCCAAUUCGACCACUACAUGGCCACGAAGGCCAAGCUAGUGAACCAAGCCCUAGACAUGGCGGUCCCCUUGCGACACCCUCUGAAAAUCCACGAAGCAAUGAGGUACUCCCUCCUCGCCGGGGGGAAGCGCAUCCGGCCGAUCCUGUGCCUGGCCUCGUGCGAGCUCGUCGGCGGCGACAUGUCCUCCACGAUGCCCGUGGCCUGCGCGGUCGAGAUGAUCCACACUAUGUCGCUCAUCCAUGACGACCUCCCUUGCAUGGACAACGACGACCUUCGCCGCGGGAAACCCACCAACCACAAGGUGUACGGCGAGGAGACCGCGGUCCUCGCAGGGGACGCCCUCCUCUCGCUAUCCUUCGAGCACAUGGCAGCAAGGACAGGCCCCGACGUGCCCACCGACCGCCUCGUCCGGGCCAUCGCCGAGCUUGGCUCGGCCGUGGGGUCUGAGGGGCUCGUGGCAGGGCAGAUCGUGGACAUCGUGAGCGAGGGGAAGGAGAUCGGCUUGGGGGAGCUGGAGUACAUCCACGUCCACAAGACGGCGAAGCUCCUGGAGGCGGCGGUUGUGUGCGGCGCCAUCAUUGGCGGGGGGAGGGAGAACGAAGUGGAGAGGGUGAGGAAGUACGCAAGGUGCAUCGGGCUACUGUUCCAAGUGGUGGACGACAUACUCGACGUGACCAAAUCGACCCGAGAGCUGGGCAAAACCGCCGGGAAAGACUUGGCGAGCGAUAAGGCGACGUAUCCAAAGCUAAUGGGGAUUGAGAAGGCCCGGGAAUUUGCGAGCGAAUUGGUGGGGAAAGCCAGUGAAGAGCUUGGUCUUUUCGAUGCAGCGAGAGCAGCACCAUUGUUGCACCUAGCAAAUUAUAUUGCCACCAGACAGAACUAAAAAGCGAGGACAACGCAUUACGAUGUGGCAUUUUCUAUUUGAUCUCGUCUAGGAUGUACAACGUACGUAACGUGUGUCUGGUGCUACGGGAUUGGUUUAUCUUCGUCGAGUUGCAAGUAAAUUAAAUCAAAUCUCGUGCUUUAAGAUCGAUUAUGAGCAAGUAAUAAAUAAUGAA